CUUUGGCUUAGUCCCAUUUAGGAAUAUCUAUUCUAAUCGUGUUCUCCUAUUAUAUCUGUCAUUACUUGUCAGAUUUCUCUUGAAAAGCUUGCUGUUUUCCUUUUCUUUUACUUUUUUUCGUGCUUUCAGAUAUUUUAAUCCAUUUUCCUGCUGUAAUGAAUCCUGGAGACAUGAAUACAGGCUCCUUCUCAGGUUUCUCUGUGUCAACACCCAAUAGACCAAUCUCCUUUUCAUUCCCUGUGAGUUUAAGGAGAAACCUGUGUUUUUGCAGCAGCAAAAUGUGAUUGAUCUGGAUGUAGAAUGAGCCAGGAAAAUCAAACCAGGUCAUUAGCACCAAAAGUACUUAGCCAAGGUUAGAUUGGUUCAGGCAUGUAACCAACCUUAAUGGCCUAGACCGUAUAGAAUAUUUUCUUCUCUAACAACCCUAGCAUGUAUUUUUUGAAAGGAAAAAUCUGGACAUACAAAUUGAUGUGAUUUAUAAAAUCAUUACAUCUAAUGUGAUGGUAUUUAGAAGAUUUUUCGGUAUAAUAUUUCUAUUUGUGUCGCCUUACUGUUUUGCAAUGAAAUAGGCAAAAAACGAGGAGGAUAUAUAGGAAGGGAAAAAGGAGAGGGGGAAAUCACUUCCUAAUUUCCUAAAUGGCAACACAUAGAAAUCUUUUACAAGCUCUAGGAGGUCUUGCCUUUGGUUUAUUACAAAAAAAGAACACAACAGCAUCCUUCCCUCCGAGGAAUCUUCUCUUCCUCACAAUUCUCACCAUCCUCUCCUUCCCUGUUGUCUAUCAAUCAUCAAUAUUUGUUUCUUUCAAACCUUAUCUUAACCAGCCCCAACAAUGGCAGCUCCUGCUCUUCUCCCCUGAACACCACCAACCCUUGACUUCCCCAAAACCCACCUUCCCCGGUUCAGGACAGGAUGGCCUCCUGCACCUUUAUUCUCCCCCUUGGCCUCCUGUCUUUCAUCAUCGUAGCCAACACAGUAUCAUCAUUACCCUCCUCUUCUGGAGGAAUCCGCCUCGGUGUUAUCCGAAAACCAUCUGCUGAUGUCCCUGUCUUCAGAGAGGCUCCAGCUUUUCGUAAUGGGGAUUCCUGUGGGCCACUUAGAAUCCACAUUGUCAUGACUCUUGAUGCCAAUUACCUUAGAGGCACCAUGGCUGCUAUUUUCUCUAUCCUUCGACAUUCUACUUGCCCUGAAAACAUGGAGUUCCAUUUUCUCUGGGCACGUUUUGACCGUGAGGUCUUCUCUAGCAUCAAAUCCACCUUCCCUUACCUUAACUUCAAAUUUUACCGGUUUGACUCCAACCGUGUUCGCGGAAAGAUCUCUAAAUCCAUCCGUCAAUCCCUGGACCAACCUUUAAACUAUGCUAGAAUUUACCUUGCUGACAUUAUCCCAUCCAACGUUAAACGUGUUAUUUAUCUUGACUCUGAUCUUCUUCUUGUUGAUGAUAUUGCAAAAUUGUGGGAGGUUGAUUUAGAGGACAGGGUUUUGGCAGCUCCGGAAUAUUGUCAUGCAAAUUUCACCUACUAUUUCUCCAACCUAUUUUGGCUCGAUCCUGUUUUGGCCAGGACUUUUCAUGGAAGAAGGCCUUGUUAUUUUAACACUGGAGUUAUGGUUGUGGAUGUGGAAAAGUGGAGGCAAGUACAGCUUACACAAAAGGUUGAAGGGUGGAUGACAGUGCAAAAGCAGAAGAGAAUCUACCACUUGGGUUCAUUGCCGCCAUUUCUAUUGGUUUUGGCUGGGAACAUAAAAGGGGUUGAUCAUCGAUGGAACCAGCAUGGGUUAGGGGGUGACAACAUGGAAGGAAAGUGUAGAAGUCUGCACCCAGGACCUAUUAGUUUGCUUCAUUGGAGUGGGAAAGGGAAACCUUGGUUACGGCUUGACUCGAGGAAACCUUGCAUUGUGGAUCAUCUUUGGGCUCCAUACGAUCUUUAUCGCUCAUCGUUGCAUGUUCUUGAAGAAUGAGGAUGGAGACACUUUUGGAAAAGGAAGGGAUUGGUGGUUUAGGAGAGCACACAUUAAUGGCUGACAAACCAAAGUUUUAAAAGAGCUUGUAAAAAAUAUUUUUUUUCUUCCCGUUCUUUCGUAUCCUCUUUUAUUUUACUUUAAAAAACAUUAGAAAUACAAACAUUUUUCACUUUUCUGUCGAGAUCGUCUGACGAAAAACCCUGACGAAAGCUCUGUUGUAAGAGGCGGAAAAGAGAAUCCAUAAGGGUUUGAAUGUUUUGACUCUACUACUGCUUACCAGCAUGGACUCUUGAAGCUAUCUUCAUCAAUCGAUUCCAUUGCAUAUAGCUUGAGGCAAGAUCUUGAGUUCCUUGUGAAAUGGACAAUCACACGAUGAUGGAGGCUGUGCAAAAUUUUCUGUGUCCCUCUAAACAACUUUCUAAAUACUACAUAUUUAUUUCUGAAUCCAGUUUAGUUUCAUUUAUUCUUUAGUUUUUUUUUACAACUUGUGAAACCCAGCCCUUCUGUUGUAGAAAGUUUACGAUCUCGUCUGCUCAAUAUAAAUUGGUAGAUCCACUAUGCUUGUCA